GUUUGCACCUUCAAUCAUGUGAUUUUAACUGAAUUUCACUAUGGCGGAGGCAGACUGACUAGAUGGUUGUUGAAGCGGAGGGUGAGUCGUGAGCAUUGGAUUGUAUUUAAAUCGUUAAAAGAGGUUUACAUCAAGAUGGCAGAAAGAGGUUUGGAUGUCUCGGUCCUCCCCAAGGAAGUCAGGGAUUUGCUAGCGGAACUGGAGCUGGAACUUUCAGAAGGUGAUAUUACACAAAAGGGUUAUGAAAAGAAACGAUCAAAACUACUGGGACCCUAUAUUCCACAGACACAAGGGGUUGACCCAACAUUGCAGGAGGACCACAGAAACCAGAUAUCUACUUCAACAUCUGCUCCCACUCAACCUGCUUCCAAAUACCAUCGAGGUCGUUCAGGCGGUACAAGGGAUGAGCGGUAUCGCUCCGAUAUUCACACAGAAGCAGUACAGGCAGCUUUGGCAUUGCACAGAGAGCAGAAGAUGGCACUCCCAAUGCCAACGAAAAGACGAUCUACGUUUAUUCAGUCUCCAGUUGAUCCUUGCACUCCUCCAGACACAUCUUCAGCAUCUGAGGAUGAGGGUUCACUUCGUCGACAAGCAGCUCUUUCUGCUGCAUUAAUCCAAAACCUCCAGAAUCCUGAAUCAUGGAUCAACAAAUCUGUCCAGGGUUCAUCCACUUCAUCGUCUGCUUCCUCCACAUUGUCACAUGGAGAGGUCAAAAAUCAAGGAGUCUUUUCAAUUGCUGAUGUUCUUGCACAUGCUCGACUUGAAAACUCCUCCACUCCUCCAGAUGUUACAACUACAUCUUCCUCAUCCUCUUCCUUAGACCGUCCAUCUAAUUUUGAUCUACCCAUGUCCGCAUUUGUUAAGGGAAUGACCAGAGGGUCUAGCAAGUCUAGUCUAAUGGAAACUGCUGAUGGUGUUGCCGUUAACAAUCGUAUCUCAACAAAAAUCCAGCAACUGCUGAACACACUGAGACGACCAAAGAGGCCACCAUUAAGUGAAUUCUUUCUUGAUGACUUUGAAGAGAUUGUAGAAGUCCCGCAGCCAGACCCAAAUCAACCAAAGCCAGAAGGACGACAGAUGACAAUGGUAAAAGGCGAACCUUUGGGUGCUGUUUCUAAUUGGCCUCCUGCUUUGGAGUCUGCAUUACAACGUUGGGGGACAUCUCAGGCCAAGUGUCCUUGUUUGACUGCACUGGAUGUUACUGGGAAACCGGUCUACACACUGACAUAUGGUAAACUGUGGAGUCGAAGCCUAAAGUUGGCUUAUACGCUGCUGAAUAAACUAGGGACCAAAAAUGAAGUUGUAUUGCGACCUGGAGAUCGGGUGGCAUUAGUGUAUCCCAAUAAUGAUCCUGUGAUGUUCAUUGUGGCAUUCUAUGGCUGUUUGCUUGCCCAGGUCAUCCCUGUACCUACUGAAGUUCCCCUAACAAGAAAGGAUGCUGGUGGCAAUCAGAUUGGCUUCUUGCUUGGAAGUUGUGGUGUUGCACUUGCUCUCACUAGUGAAGUCUGCCUGAAGGGGCUUCCAAAAACCCAAAAUGGAGAAAUUGUAACAUUUAAAGGUUGGCCUCGUUUAAAAUGGGUCGUGACUGAUUCAAAAUACCUCUCGAAACCACCCAAAGACUGGCAACCACAAAUCCCUGCUGCAACCACUGACCCUGCUUAUAUUGAGUACAAAACAAGUAAAGAAGGGAGUGUGAUGGGUGUGUCUGUGUCAAGAAUAUCCAUGCUGUCUCACUGUCAAGCACUAUCCCAGGCCUGCAAUUACACAGAAGGUGAAACUCUGGUGAAUGUUUUAGAUUUUAAGAAGGAUGCUGGACUGUGGCAUGGAGUUUUAACAAGUGUCAUGAAUAAGCUGCACACAAUCAGUGUUCCCUAUUCUGUGAUGAAGGUCUCCCCCCUUUCCUGGGUGCAACGUGUUUAUGCUCACAAAGCUAAGGUAGCUGUUGUAAAGUGUCGAGACCUGCACUGGGCACUGAUGGCCCACAGAGAUCAGCGAGAUGCCAGCCUCAGUUCCCUUCGAAUGCUGAUUGUAGCUGAUGGAGCCAAUCCUUGGUCAGUUUCAUCUUGUGAUGCCUUUUUAAGUGCAUUCCAGAGUCAUGGGCUAAAACCAGAGGUUAUCUGCCCAUGUGCUACAUCCACUGAGGCAAUGACUGUUGCAAUCCGCAGGCCUGGAGUGCAGGGGACACCAUUGCCUGGAAGAGCUAUCUUGUCCAUGAAUGGUCUUAGCUACGGUGUAAUCAGAGUGAACACAGAAGACAAAAACUCUGCUCUGACAGUGCAAGAUGUUGGUCAUGUGAUGCCAGGAGGAUUGAUGUGCAUUGUGAGACCAGAAGGAACCCCCCAACUCUGCAAGACAGAUGAAAUUGGAGAGAUUUGCACCAGCUCAAGAGCAGGGGGUGUGGCAUAUUAUGGCCUCUCUGGACUGUCUAAAAGCACAUUUGAAGUGAUCCCUGUGAAUUCGGCAGGUGUUUCUAUUGGCGACACCCCCUUUAUCCGUUCUGGAUUGCUGGGAUUUGUUGGACCCGGUAGUCUUGUGUUUGUAGUUGGGAAAAUGGAUGGUUUGUUAAUGGUAAGUGGCCGCAGGCAUAAUGCUGAUGACGUCGUAGCUACUGCAUUAGCUGUUGAGCCCAUGAAGACUGUGUACAGAGGCAGGAUAGCAGUAUUUUCAGUUUCUGUCUUUUAUGAUGAGAGGAUCGUAGUAGCAGCAGAGCAGCGACCAGAUGCCUCUGAGGAAGAUAGCUUCCAAUGGAUGAGUCGAGUUUUGCAGGCAAUUGAUAGCAUCCAUCAAGUUGGGGUCUACUGUCUUGCAUUGGUUCCUGCCAACUCACUGCCGAAAACACCACUUGGUGGGAUCCAUCUUUCCCAAACAAAACAGCAGUUUCUUGAAGGGACUCUGCAUCCUUGCAAUAUCCUGAUGUGUCCUCAUACAUGUGUAACAAAUUUACCGAAGCCAAGACAGAAACAGCCAGGUGUUGGACCUGCUUCAAUGAUAGUUGGGAAUUUAGUUGCUGGUAAACGUAUAGCUCAGUCUGCAGGUAGAGAUCUAGGGCAGAUAGAAGACAAUGAUAUGGUACGAAAGACACGUGUCUUGUAUUUUGUUUUCCAGCAGCAAUUUUUGUCAGAGAUAUUGCAAUCGAGAGCCCAGUCAACUCCAGAUCAUCCACUUUUUAUGCUUAUCAAUGCAAAGGGGAGUGCAGUGAGCAUAGCAACAUGUGUCCAACUACACAAACGAGCAGAGAAAAUUGCAGCUGUUCUGUCAGAGAAGGGGCAGCUGAACACAGGGGAUAAUGUUGUACUUCUGUAUCCUCCUGGAAUUGACCUUAUUGGUGCAUUCUAUGGCUGCCUUUAUGCUGGUUGUAUCCCUGUAACAGUCAGGCCUCCACAUUCUCAAAAUCUUGCUGCAACUCUUCCUACAGUCCGCAUGAUAAUAGAUGUUAGCAAGUCUGCCUGUAUCCUUACUACACAAGCUUUAAUGAAGGUACUGAAAUCCAAAGAAGCAGCAGUAACUGUAGAUGUGAAGACAUGGCCAAUUAUUAUUGAUACAGAUGACUUGCCUAGAAAACGACCUGUACAUAUAUACAAACCACCAACACCAGAAAUGUUGGCGUACCUCGAUUUUAGUGUGUCGACAACUGGCAUGCUUACAGGUGUGAAGCUGUCCCAUGCUGCUGUGAGUAAUCUUUGCAGAUCCAUCAAGCUGCAAUGUGAACUGUACUCCACCAGACAGAUUGCCAUCUGCCUUGAUCCAUAUUGUGGCCUUGGCUUUGCUCUGUGGUGCCUUUGCAGUGUGUAUUCAGGUCAUCAGUCGGUGCUUAUUCCACCCCUGGAACUGGACACAAAUAUCUCACUGUGGCUUUCAACAGUCAGUCAGUUUAAGAUCCGAGACACUUUCUGCUCCUAUUCUGUAAUGGAAGUUUGCACCAAAGGGCUUGGUAGUCAGACUGAGGUUUUGAAGGCAAGGGGAAUAAAUUUGUCUUGUGUCCGAACUUGUGUUGUGGUGGCAGAAGAACGACCCCGUAUUGCAUUAACCCAGUCAUUCUCCAAACUUUUCAAGGAUCUUGGUUUGUCUCCACGAGCUGUGAGCACGUCCUUUGGAUCGAGAGUCAACAUGGCCAUCUGUUUACAGGGAACAUCAGGACCAGAACCUACUACAGUGUAUGUUGACUUGAAAUCCUUACGACAUGACAGGGUACGGCUGGUGGAACGUGGAGCUCCACAAAGUCUUCCUCUUACAGAGUCGGGAAAGAUCUUACCUGGAGUUCGAGUGAUAAUAGUAAACCCUGAGACCAAAGGACCCCUUGGAGAUUCCCACCUUGGAGAGAUCUGGGUCAACAGUCCACACAGUGCCAAUGGGUAUUAUACCAUCUACGGGGAUGAGUCAUUGCAAGCAGAUCAUUUCAACACCAGACUGAGCUUUGGCGAUACUCAGACACUUUGGGCUCGAACAGGCUACCUUGGUUUUGUUCGCAGAACAGAACUCACAGAUGCCAGUGGAGAACGUCAUGAUGCACUUUUUGUUGUGGGAGCGCUUGAUGAAACUUUAGAACUUAGAGGAUUGCGUUACCAUCCCAUUGACAUUGAGACCUCAGUGUUUCGUACACAUAGGAGCAUUGCUGAAUGUGCCGUGUUCACAUGGACAAAUUUGCUUGUGGUGGUUGUGGAGUUGUGCGGCUCAGAGCAGGAGGCUCUUGAUUUAGUCCCGCUUGUGACAAAUGUAGUCCUGGAUGAGCAUCACCUUAUUGUUGGAGUGGUGGUGGUGGUUGACCCUGGAGUUAUACCCAUCAAUUCCCGGGGAGAGAAGCAACGCAUGCACCUAAGAGACAGUUUUCUGGCAGACCAGUUGGAUCCAAUCUAUGUAGCUUACAACAUGUAAUGUGAAGAUGCAGGGGGACACAUGCAUUAUGCACAGAGACUUCAAGCAAAGGAGGAAAAGCCGAACAUAAGGCUUGUUUUAUCUGCCAUCAAAAACAGGAAUUUAUUUAAAAAAUUAACUUAAAACAUAUGUGAAAAAAAUGAGCACCUGUGUAUAUUCCAUCUGUCUUGCAGGGGGUGCUUUUUAUACAAGAAGCAGGAGUAGAGGGGAACUGACUCCAUGGAGCAGUGAGGAGUGUUAAUUUUUUCUUUUUUACUUGAUUUUAGUUUUGAACUUCAUGCAUACUUGCAACUUUAGUAACAAAGUUACUAAUGACCUCCUUUAACUUAGUGUUACAAAAACUGUUUACCUCUGUUUAACAGGUGGGAAAAUAAUUGUAUUUUAUAUAUAUAUGUAUGUAUGUAUAUGUAUACAUGUACAGUUUCUAAAGGUUCUUGAAAGGAUUUGGUGAACUCUAUGGCAAGGAAUUAUCUCCUCACCCACCAUUCUAAACAAAAGGUUAUUUAUGAUUCUGUCAACCUAUGUAAACUUUUCAGCUGCUGUCAUUGCUACUGAUGAGAUGAAUGUGAGAUUAGGACUUCCGUUCAGCAUUUAAGAAAAUUGCUCUCUUUAACCCGUCUUCUGGCUUGAUAGCUUUUGAAAGUUAAGCACUGAAAUGUUUGCUAAUAAAGACCUGGUUUCAUUUACAAACUAAUGUUCUAAGCAGCCUCUUGUCCAGCCUGCCACAAGGCUAUCAGUGACCUAAAUGCCACGUUUCGGAGAAGACUGAUGUUACCUACUAGACCCUUAAUAGUCUUGGCUCAGUAUGUGCAUUCAUCAUCAUCCAGGGUAAAGCACAAGAACUUCCAAGCAAACAUGGAAAGCAUCAGGGAGAGAGGGAUCAUUGAGAGAGAAGAGGUUUGAUCCAACUAUGUUCAGCCCCUACAGCUUUUGCAGAAUACCUGUGAAUCUAUAUACUUGCCAUAGAGUUGAAAGGGACAUUGCUUUUAUUAUGAAUAUGUAAAUAUUAAAGUACAGUUUUAUCUGA